AUGGAGUGUGAAUAUUCAUCGCGUGAAUACCAAGUUGUGCUUCGUCCAGAUAUUUUUGACAAUUCGUUCGAAUCUGGUGUUCUGCGCGUUCUCGACGAGUUGAUCAAGAUUGGAAACACAAAACUGAUUCCAUUUGAGAUUUCCCAAUCAUCAUUGAAAUUGAAAAAUCAGACACUCGUUCCUUAUACUCUUGAUGCUUCUCGCCAAUCCAAUGAUUUCUUUAUUCCAGUCAUAUUCAAAUCACGUCGAAAGAAACCAACGCAUCCGGCAGAUAUUGUGAUGAAAAUAUCCAAUGCAGAUCCUGCACUCACGUGUAUCCCGUUAACAAUUUCAGACAACUACAAAAAUAACACAAAAGCAAAGUUUGAACUCGAUCUAUAUGCUGAAGGUGGUCGUCUUACAGCUCGAUCUGCGUACAGUUUCACUGUAGAUUUAUCGAUGAACUUUAAUCAAACAUCUGCGAUUAAUAUGUCCGACAUAUUAACUGAUGCUGCAGCUAAAUUCACAUAUUCCAAACAACCACUUAUCAUUGUACCAGUAUCAGCAACCAAGAUUACAAUGCAAACAGCAGAAUUCAAUAUCAAGCUAGUCGGUCAGAAGAUAGGAGCUACGAUGCAGUUCUACAGAAAGCCGAAUGGAAUCAAAGCUGAAUUUUCAUUUCGAGUUAAGGGAUUGACUGUGGAACGUGAAGUUCUUCUUGCUGCACAAAACUUAGUUCUACAAUUAUCACAAAAAUCAACAAUUGCGCUCUAUGCCAUCAAUCAACCCAGCAAUUAA